ACGCAGAAAGAGACGACAAAAGACACUGAAGGAUUUCUUUAUUCUAUAUAUACAGUAACAUAUAAUCCUAAGAGUCCUGUUUACUCCUGUCCUAUCUUGAGAGAAUAUCUGAGGAGGAGCAGAAGAUGGGAGGAGGGUGAGGUGCAUUACGAGGUGUGAGAUGAGUGAAAGCUGAGCACAAGCUGUCACUUAACUGCUACAGUGUCAGCCGCACCCUCGACACCAGCUCCAUGUCAUCAGGAGACACAGGCAGUGAGAAAUCAUCUGUCACUGCGUGGAUUCCCUCAAGGUCACUCAGCUGUGACAACGUGGCAGCGGCGGCAACGGCAGCCGUUUGUCUUCAGCUCAAGCACAGUUUAAAAAUAACUGGUUUAAACUUGAGCUAAACUAAACUGAGAUGAUCUUUAGUCUGGAUUUUAAGCAAACCCCAAACUGAUUCAAAAAAUGAGACAUUUUGAAAGAUUCAAGGACGAAUAUUAUGAUAAUUUGUCGCCCUCUAGUGGCCCUCAGCCGUCAAAUCAACCCUGUUAAAAUCCUAUUGUCUGCAAAUGGCUGCCUGUCACUCUGCCUAUUAGAGGUUUCAUAUUAUGAGAAAAAUAACAGGAGGAAGAAACAGUGGCCGCGGUGAUUGUAAUGGAAGGCAGGAGCAAAAAUCAGUUAUUUCACCAAGAAAAACGAUAUAAAAUGACUUCAUUUCGAUACGACUUGAUACGAUACGAUACGAUAGCAGUUGACAUGACAUUAUAUGAGGUAAUAUCCAGAAAGGGAAAUGUUUCCAUUAACAUGAUUAUUUGCAUAAUAACAUAAUCACAAGUUGGGAAAAAUAAGAAGGAAAUUUAAUAGAAGGCGAUACGAAUGCAACAGAAUCAAUAUUAGUUGAUUGGCCAAGUAUGAACGCCCGUACAAGAAACUUGAUUCCGGAUUUUAUGUUACCUUUUAGGCGGAAAAAGACCAUAUGAAAAUAUGGAUAAAAUAUAUUUAUGCACACGACAAGAAACAAGAGAGAAGAUCAGAUGAUUUCACAGAAACAAAUAAAGCCUGAAGUGAAAACUGGAUUAAAUUCUAUUCCAUUUUAUUCUCCGACUCUUCUGGGUCUUUGCACAAAGAGCAGCUUGUGUUUCCUGCAGAUGUGCGUCGGUGGCGCAGUCGCGGAUUUGGAUGAUCACCAAUGGCUGCUCCUAGUGCCACUCCAGAAGGGCGUGGUUUCAGCCCCGUACCCUCCCCUCCACCCAUCUCCUCCCUACACUCUCUCCCUCAUCUCUCCAUCUCCCUUCCCAUUGACCAAAGGACGACUGCACGUCCUUGUCACUUGUAACUCCUCCGUCACUCCUCUCCAGUGGACAGACAAAUGAUGAUGAAGAGCUCGGACACAGUGGACCACAGGAGGUGAAGGACGUGCACCUGCAGGAGGUGCUGAGGUCACCGUCCGGACAGGUGUCAGACCUGUGGAGCACCCUGGUGGAUGAAGGUCCAGUCUUGGAUGACCACCUUCACCGCCUCCUUCUCUCCUCCUCUUCACCUCCUCCACAUGGAUGGAUCUCACAGUGGACCACGAUGAAGACCGUGUUUAUGAGCGUGUCUGCCUGUCUGAGUCCACUCCACUCAGGGAUCGUCACCCCAUACCUCCACUGCGCCUCCUCCUCCUGACACAGCUUCUCCUCCUGGACAUCAUCUGGUCUGCUGGACCCCCCCUCACCAUGACGGUGCCUGCUCGGUGAUUCCGGUGCCACCUUCUUCCCCAGUCUUGGAUCGUGCUUCAGGAUUUAUCUGCGCUCUUGGGUUUCUUUGUGUCACACUGUAGCCGGGUUUGGCUUCUAGCUGCGCCCCCUCCCCGCCCCCCCAGCUUCUCUCUCUUCUUUGUGGCCGGGCCGUGAUGGCAGGCGGCCGGCCGGAGGCUCAGGAUCACCCGCCGGAGAACGGCUUCCGGCCGCGGGGGCCGCCGGUGCCCCGGCUGCUGCCGCACAUCGACCGCUCGGUUCUCCCGUCUCUGGGCGGCUUCGGGAGAUACCAGAAACAGCUGGUGGUUCUGACCUGGAUACCGGCUUUGUUUAUAGGCUUAAGCCAGUUUUCGGAUUAUUUCCUUCUGGCGCAGCCCAAUGGCACAUGCGUCCAACCCCUGGGUAACGACAGCAACUGGACCGUGGCUUCUCCACCGCCGGCCCUCGUCACGGGAGGGAGCAACGGUACCGGCACCGGCACUGGCGAGGAGGGGUACGGAGAGGGCACCGGUGAAAGUGGGCUGUGCGACUGCACGGAGUGGAAGCUGGAGCUGCUGACAGGACUCAGCCAGAAUGUGGUGACAAAGUGGAACCUGGUCUGUGAUUCGGCCUGGAAGGUGCACAUCGCUAAAUUCUCUCUGCUGGUGGGCUCCAUAUUUGGAUAUCUGGUGAUGGGUGUCAUGGCCGACUGGUUUGGUCGACACCCCGCCCUGAUUCUCUCCCUGUUUCUCGUGCUGGUGUUUGGUCUGAGCGUCGCCUUCUCGGUGAACGUCACCAUGUUCAGCACAUUGCGCUUCUUUGAGGGUUUCUGCUUGGCUGGCCUGGCUCUCUCCCUCUAUCUGCUCAGGAUCGAGCUUUGUUUGCCAGCCUGGCGGUUCUCCAUGGCCAUGGUGGCCAGUUUCCUGAUGGUGGGCGGGCAGCUCUUGAUGCCGGGGCUAGCCGCUCUGUGCCGUAAUUGGCCGCAGCGGGAUGACUGGCAGGUGCUUCAGAUCGUCAUAAUCAGCCCCUUUGUUCUGAUGUUGCCCUACAUCUGGAUUUUCCCCGAGUCUCUCCGCUGGUUGCUGGCCACCCAGCAGUACAGGCGGUCCAAAGCCAUGAUGUUGCACAUUGCUAGGAAGAACAGGACGGACAUGACGAUGGAGCCCAGUGGGGUUCUGAUAGAACUGGAGCAAGAGCUGCACAGAAAACCUCAGCGGAGCUGCAUCAUCAAGAUGAUGAGUACCAGGAACCUGUGGAAAAACAUUGUGGUUCUGUGUGUCAACUCCCUGACAGGGUACGGGAUCCACCACUGCUUUGCCCGAAGUAUGAUGGACCCAGAGGCCCAGCCCACUGCUCUGUGCCACGCAGACUACUACACAAUGGCUGGCAUCGCCGUGGCAACCUGCCUGGCCCUUUGCCCUGCUGUGGGGUUGAUGGGACGCCGUGGCGGUCUUCUCACCUUCAUGAUCAUAACAGCGCUGGCGUCGCUGCUGCAGCUGGGUCUACUAAACCUCAUUGGGAAGUACAGCCUCCGCCAUGACACAGUUCUGAGAGACACCCUGAACAGAAAAUUCUCGGUGGCCUUUUCCAUCAUCGGGAUGUUUUCCUCUCAUGCCGUCAGCACACUUAGUAUUUUCUUCUGUGCUGAAAUCACCCCCACCGUUAUCAGGGGUGGAGGCUUAGGACUGGUCCUGGCUAGUGCAGGUUUCGGAAUGCUCACUGCUCCAAUCAUGGAGCUCCACAACCAGAAGGGCUACUUUCUACAUCACGUGAUCUUUGCAUGCUGCACCCUGCUGUGCAUCAUUUGCCUACUGUUGCUGCCCGAACCUCGGGGCAAACCUCUGCCGGAGAGUAUGGCUGAUGGGGAGACCUUCACCCGCCAGACACUGCUCCAUCCUGGAGAACAGCACCUCCUCUUGGCCAAGAUUGACAGAGAUUAUUCACGAGUUCAUGACACGCCACUGCACCUCUCAACCACUGGGAGCGCUACAGUCGCAGCAGCAACUGCUUUGGCAGCUGUACCUGCCUCAUACGCUCUGGCGACAGGGGGUGAGGUGAUUGGAAAUCACGCAGUAGCCAAUGGGGUGUGAGCAUCGUAGCAAUAGUCUAUACUGUGCUGAGGCAUUAAACUGUCUGAAUGGUCAGAUGUGAAAUUUUAAGACUUUUUUUUUUAAAAAGUGAUGAAACCUUUGGGAAGUUGACAUUUUUGUAGUUUGUAGUGAUUGUGAGUCGUUCAGGAGUUGCCAAAAAUAUUAUUGUCCUGGAUCGCGUUGACCUGAAUUUAAUGUCUGAGUAACCUAAAGGUCCAAAGGUUUUGUUGUUUUUUCCCCCUUGUUUUGACCUCAGUAGAUAAGAAGCAGAUGAAGCGACGAGAAAGGAGGCUAACGUUGACUAGCUUGGAUAGAGAGUGCUCUGUGAGUUCUGUCUGUAGUUCUGGACUCGUGGAAAGAGGAUUCCACUACAUUGUAUUGAUCUUUAAGAGUUAUUUUGCACUAAAGGUCAGAGACACAAUCAAGUGUUUGGGGAUUUGAAGCCAACAUCAGGGUGAUCCAGGGAUUGGCUAAACCACUACCAGUUGUUUUGCAUGAAAGGGCACAAAACAUUGUCCCUUUUUUUGUAGAUAUUUUUUGUAUUCUUCAUUUGUCUUCUCUACAAAGUCCAAAGUGGCACUUUUUCCUCAGAUGCUGAGGUUGGAGUAGACUUUAGUUUUUAAAUACCCAUGAGUGUCAUCGAUGUGGGUGUAUGAUGGUUGUUUGACAUCAUGAGCAGCCUGAGACCUCAGCAGAUGGACAUGUGGUCAAAACAAUUCUGAGUGUGGAACAGACAUGGAGAAUGGGUCAGUUUAAUUCAGCAUGUCUUAUGAUGCAUCUCAGUAUUUCACCAAAUGGCUUUCUAUGAUAAUUUAGUUUAUUUUUUAAACAUUACAGAAUGUAAUUUAUGAAAACUAGCAGGUAUUUAUUUCCUAAUGCUGCCCAGGGCAAUUUUGUUGGAUAUACCUCCUUAUCAUCAAAUGACUCCACUCCAAACUUUCAGUAUGUGUUCUGUACUGCGUAGUAAUCCUGCUCUUAGGAAGUGUAAACCAGAAAAAGCACAAUAUUUUCCAUUUAUUUCUAAAAAACAAACAAACAAAAAAACCAGGUGGAGUUUAGUGUAGGACAUCGUAGGCCAGGCCUAGUUGUGGUUGUUGUACAUUUAUACACUUUACCAUCCAAGUACCCCAUAGGGCUGCAUUAAAAAUGUAAGGUAUGUGUACAUGUGCCAUCUAUUCAUUCAUAAUAUAUGAACCAACAACCUUCUAUUUUUAUAAUGUACAGAAUAAGCACAUUGCUGUUCCUCAAACGACAGGUCGUGAACCAAAUGUGAGUCACGUGAAGCCGGAGCUUCCACGUUUGGUCCAGUCCUAAAGUAAAACACUCUUUGUUUGACCAGGGUUUCUACCGUGGGCAGCUGUCUAGUAACAAUACAUGUGGUGUGAUACAUUACAAAUAUUGGAAGUUGUCAAGCCCUAGCAUGAAGGCACUGUGUGUUACUGGACUCUUAGUGUGAAGUCAAGCCAUGAGCUUCAUACAGAUCAAUUAUGGCUCUAACAUUUGGGAGCCGUU